GAUUAAGUUGUCAUUUACCUGCUAACAAAGAAGGAACGGUAGGUCUAUGACUCAUUCCUAUAAGGAAUGUUAAUUGUGAGGCAGGUACUUGGCAAACAUACACAAAUUUAAUAUAUAGGUGCCUAUAUGUAUGGGUUCUAUUAAUCUUAUCCACUCUUAUUGAUCAUAUACCAUAGCUACUAGGUAGUUGAAAUGGCGACUUCACAGACGACGUCAGCCGCGCUUGGCGCGGAGAAUUUAUUCAAUGUCAAGGGAUUAGUUGCCGUCGUCACGGGCGGUGGUACGGGAAUUGGUCUCAUGAUAACCAAGGCACUUGCAGUCAACGGCGCUUCCAAAGUGUACAUCUUGGGCAGACGUCUAGAAAUCUUGCAGAAAGCCGCAGCUGAAAUUGGCUCCAAUGUCAUACCCAUUGCAACAGAUGUAACAUCCAAGGAGUCGCUACAAUCAGCAGUCGACCAUGUCAAGCAGGAUGUCGGCUUCGUCAACCUGCUAAUCUGCAACUCGGGCAUCGGCGGGCCGUACGGCAGUCGACCCAAAAAAGAGACCACGCUAGACGAGUUCGUCGAAGCUAACUUGUCUGUACCUAUUGAGGACUACACAAACACAUUCAACGUCAACACGAGCGCUGUAUGGUACACCACCAUGUCAUUCCUGAAGCUCCUCGAUGCAGGGAACAAGCAAGGCAAUGUGGAACAGAUGAGCCACGUAAUUGCUAUAAGUAGCAUUGGUGCGUUGAAUAAGAUAAACACCGGCGGAUUCGCGUACGGGCAGAGUAAGGCUGCCUGUCUACACCUUGUCAAGCACCUAAGUGUAGUACUGCCACAGUGGAAUAUCAGAGCUAAUGCCAUAUGCCCCGGCCUAUAUCCAAGUGAGAUGUCCGCUCCCAUUCUUGCUAGAGGAGGUCUUGGGAAGGAUCAAAUACCACUCGAGCGUCCUGGAGAUGAGAAGGACCUAGGAGGCACCAUCCUCUACUUGGCCUCUAGAGCAGGAGCUUAUAAUAACGGCGCAGUCAUCGUGACCGAUGGAGGAAGAUUGACGACGUUCCCCUCCACGUUUUAGGUUGCUCUGGAGCAUAGAGGCUAUGAUGCGGCUGAGAACCAUAGCAAAGUAUUCAACCAAUCGCCCAGACAUCUGCUAGUAUGCUUCGGGGUACAGAUCUAAUUCCGAAAAAUCGAAAACGGUAGCAAUUUGUUUU